UUGGAAUAUCAUUUUUAUUAGUGAACUAUCUACAUUCACCCAGAGUGCUCCAAUAAAUUUUCACAUAGUGCGUGUGGGUGGACUGAACAUUAUCCUGGAAGAAUGGCUGCCAUUAUCGGAGGUGGAACCGAUGGAUUGCUCAAAUCCAUGGACGCAAAUCGGUAUGCUACGAAGAAGACCAUCGCCCAAGGAAUGUUGGAUAUUGCCUUGCUCACUGCUAAUGCAUCGCAGCUAAAGUACAUCCUCCAGGUUGGGCAGAAGCACGAAUUCUAUACUCUGAUGCUCACACUCAUUUCCAUCUCAAUUUGCCUGCAGCUGAUCGUUGGCAUAUUGUUCAUUGUAAUAGGCAGUCUAAACAUAAAUCGCCAUAAAGAUCAAAAUGCUGCAGUGAUUCUAAACGAUGUAAUUUUAAUAUUGAUCUUUGUCAUUUCGAUUGAUAAUGUUAUUAUUUCGGGCUUUGGCAUUGAACACUCAUCUCAGCCACUCAGAUUAUUGCACGACGAAGAAACUAGAAAGUUGCUGUAAAAAGUAUUUUUCUUUAAUUAUUACGAUGUAACUUAAAAUGUUUGUUAAAAUAAUAAGCUCUCAUAGACUAGAAGUUUCAAUUCAAACCCUUUUUCUUCAAUUUAGAACAUUAUAUAGUUCUAUGAUCGUAUCUAUAUUGCAAAGGAGUUUAUUCUUUUCUCGUUGGGGAAUUAUAUUCGCAUAAUCUUAAAAGAGAAUCAUUUAGGAAUUAGAAGUCACGUAAGAGAUUUCUCUUUUUCCUUUAGAAUCUGUUGAAAAGAUUUGCAAAAAAGCAUAAAAAAUGCAAUAAUGACGUCAUUGUUUGUGUUUUUUAACAAACCUUUGUCAACUUAUCACAGCUAAACCCAGUAGAAAUUUUUUUUGAUGAUUUCUUAUUCUUCAUAAAAUAACGCUGUUUCCUCUAAUGAGGAGUUUUCUCAUGCAGAAAUGAAUAAACACCUUUAACACUUCUUUGAUUUAAAAACAAUCUACAAGAGACUAAAGUCCACAGUCUGUGGGAGUAUAAUAUGCAGUAGAGAAAAAAAAAUAUGUAGGUAUAUCGCGUGGUUUAGCCAGAAUCACUUUAAAAGUUAUUUAUUCAAUCAAUUUAAAUAAAAUAAUAAUAGUAGGGGA